UUAAUUGUGAGGAGAGAGAAGGGGGAAGAGGAGAGAGGGGAAAGAGAUUUGCGUACGCACCCCGACCUUCGCACACUCCCAUUGGUACUCGCCGGCACUCGGCUGAGUGGACGCGGGCGGAACUCAUCCGGCGAUUGUUUGAAUUAUCUCGUAUUGUGUAUUUAGAUCGGUAUAUUUGUGAGUAGAUAUUUCGUUUUUUUUUUUCUUCGAAAAAAUAGAAAAUGUCGGAGGACGAGAAAUUACUGAAGGAGGCGAAGAAAUUGCCGUGGGAGGACCGAUUGACCCACAAGAAUUGGAAAGUGCGAAACGAUGCUAAUAUUGAUUUGGCAGCCGUUUGCGACUCCAUUACGGAUCCUAAGGACCCGCGGCUGCGUGAAUUCGGCCAUUUUUUUAAAAAAUCUGUGGCGGACUCCAAUGCACCCGUCCAGGAGAAGGCUUUGGAUGCGCUCAUUGCAUUUUUGAAAGCUGCAGAUUCUGAUGCUGGGAGAUUUGCAAAGGAGGUAUGCGAUUCAAUAGUGGCUAAAUGCCUAACUGGAAGGCCUAAAACAGUGGAGAAAGCACAGAUGUCUUUCCUGCUAUGGGUGGAGUUGGAGGCUGUUGACUCAUUCCUGGAUGCUAUGGAGAAAGCUAUUAAAAAUAAAGUUGCUAAAGCGGUUGUCCCUGCAAUAGAUGUCAUGUUUCAGGCAUUAAGUGAAUUUGGAUCAAAAGUAAUACCACCCAAAAGAUUAUUGAAGAUGCUUCCUGAGCUUUUUGAUCAUCAAGAUCAAAAUGUUCGUGCUUCCUCUAAAGGGCUCACACUAGAGCUUUGCCGUUGGAUAGGGAAGGAACCUGUAAAAUCAAUAUUGUUUGAGAAGAUGCGAGAUACAAUGAAAAAAGAGUUGGAGGCUGAGCUCACCAAUGUGUCUGCGACUGCAAAGCCAACUCGAAAAAUUAGGUCUGAGCAAGACAAGGAGCCAGAACCAGAAGUUGUUUCUCAGUCUGGGGCAUCUGGUCCAGUGGAAGAAAGUACAGCUGAUGUUCCUCAGGAGAUUGAUGAAUAUGAACUUGUUGAUCCUGUUGAUAUAUUGACACCUUUGGAGAAGUCUGGAUUUUGGGAAGGAGUGAAAGCUACUAAAUGGUCUGAGCGAAAAGAAGCAGUUGCUGAACUAACCAAGCUUGCAUCUACCAAAAAGAUUUCUCCUGGGGACUUCACAGAAGUUUGUCGAACAUUAAAAAAGCUUAUUACAGAUGUGAACAUAGCCGUAGCAGUUGAAGCUAUCCAAGCACUGGGAAAUCUUGCUAAGGGUCUUCGGAACCAUUUCUCAAACAAUUCUCGGUUCUUAUUGCCAAUACUACUGGAAAAACUGAAGGAGAAGAAACCUGCUUUGUCAGAAGCUCUUACACAAACUCUUCAAGCAAUGUACCAGUCAGGAUGCUUAAAUCUCGCAGACAUUGUAGAAGAUGUCAAAACAGCAGUAAAGAACAAAGUUCCUCUUGUGAGAUCAUCGACAUUGAACUGGGUUACUUUUUGUAUUGAGACAAGUAACAAGGCAGCAAUACUUAAAGUGCACAAGGAAUAUGUUCCAAUCUUUAUGGAGUCCCUCAAUGAUGGAACACCUGAGGUGAGGGAUGCAGCUUUCUCUGCUUUGGCUGCUAUUGCUAAGAUGGUUGGUAUGAGGCCUUUGGAGAGAUCACUGGAAAAAUUGGAUGAUGUUAGGAAAAAGAAACUUUCAGAAAUGAUUGGGACAGGGGACUCAUCUGCUGUCCCUGGUUCAGUUGUGGUAGCUCAAUCUUCUGGAGGAAGUUUGCCUUCUGCACAGGCCUCUGAUGGAUCAUUGGUUAGAAAAUCAGCAGCUAGCAUGCUUAGUGGAAAGAAGACUACAAUGGCUGCUCCUGUUGCUGUUAAGAAAGCUGCCUCUGGAAAAUCUGUUGCCAACAAGAAAGGUGAUGGAAAAGGUCCUAAAGUUUCCAAGCCUUCAGAAGUGGAGGUUGUUGAGCCAGAAGAAAUGAGUUUAGAAGAGAUUGAGAGCAGAUUAGGAUCCCUGAUCCAGGCUGAUACAGUUACACAGCUUAAGAGUGCUGUGUGGAAGGAGCGGCUUGAAGCUAUCAUGUCUUUCAAAGAGCAGGUAGAAGCCAUAACAGACCUCGACUCAUCAGUUGAGAUUCUGAUCCGCUUACUUUGUGCCGUUCCAGGCUGGAAUGAAAAGAACGUUCAGGUCCAGCAACAGAUGAUUGAUAUUAUAACACACAUAUCUUCAACUGCAUCCAAGUUUCCUAAAAAAUGUGUUGUGCUUUGCCUUUUAGGUAUUAGUGAACGAGUUGCUGACAUUAAGACUCGUGCUCAGGCUAUGAAGUGCCUUACCACAUUUUGUGAAGCUGUGGCUCCAGGGUUUAUUUUUGAGCGGCUCUAUAAAAUUAUGAAGGAGCACAAGAACCCCAAGGUUCUAAGUGAAGGGCUAUUGUGGAUGGUUUCUGCAAUUGAUGACUUUGGCAUUUCUUACAUUAAUUUAAAGGAAUUAAUUGAUUUUUGCAAGGAUAUUGGUUUGCAAUCUAGUGCUGCUGCUACUAGAAAUGCUACUAUCAAACUGAUUGGUGUUUUACACAAGUUUGUUGGCCCAGAUAUUAAGGGUUUCCUCUCAGAUGUUAAACCUGCUCUUGUAAGUGCACUUGAUGCUGAAUGUGAAAAGAAUCCAUUUGAGGGAGGAGCUGCAGCUCCCAAAAAGACUGUGAAAGUAAAUGAUUCAGCGGCAUCAUUGGUUGCUGGGGGCAUGGAUGGUCUUCCUCGUGAAGACAUAAGUGAAAAAGUCACUCCUACUUUGUUGAAGAGUCUGGAGAGUGCUGAUUGGAAGAUUCGUCUGGAGGCUAUUGAAAGUGUUAACAAAAUUCUGGAGGAGGCUAACAAGCGUAUCAAACCAAAUGGAACUGGAGAGUUACUUGGAGCUCUGAGGGGCCGUUUGCACGACAGCAACAAAAAUCUGAUUAUGGCAACAUUGUCCACAGUUGGAGCAUUGGCAUCUGCUAUGGGCCAGCCAAUUGAGAAGACAAGCAAGGGAAUUCUGUCAGAUGUCUUAAAAUGCCUUGGUGAUAAUAAGAAAAACAUGAGGGAGUGCACUUUGUGUACCUUAGACUCUUGGCUUGCAGCAACUCAUCUUGACAAAAUGGUCCCAUACAUCACAACUGCUCUUGUGGAUGCAAAGCUUGGUGCAGAAGGGCGCAAGGAUCUUUUUGACUGGUUGUCAAGACAACUUGUUGCGAUGAGUGACUUUCCGGAUGCUGUACAUCUUUUAAAACCGUGUGCUGCUGCUAUGACGGAUAAAUCUGCUGAUGUUCGUAAAGCUGCUGAAACAUGUUUCAAUGAGAUUCUAAGGGUUUGUGGACAAGAAACGAUCGUCAAAAAUUUGAAAGAUAUACAAGGUUCUGCAUUGGCUAUUGUUGUUGAAAGAUUGAAAUCUCAUGGGGCUUUUCAGGAAAAUUUUGAUUCUGGCAGAGCAAUUUCAACUGGCAUUACUUCUAAGAGCAACACUUCAAAGAUUGGAAAACCGACAGGCUAUGGUGCGCAACGUCCAGGAAAUAGAGCUGCUGCUUCAAGGAAUGUUCCUACUGCCAAGGGAUCUAGGCAAGACUCAAUUAUGUCAGUUCAAGACAUAAACAUUCAGUCACAAGCUUUGAUCAAUGUCAAGGAUUCAAACAAGGAGGAUAGAGAGAGAAUUGUGGUUCGAAAAUUUAAAUUUGAAGAACUACGUUUGGAGCAGAUUCAAGAUCUUGAGAAUGAUAUCAUGAAGUACUUCAGGGAAGAUUUGCACAGGAGGCUUCUAAGUGCGGACUUUAAGAAGCAAGUUGAUGGGAUUGAGAUGCUGCAGAAGGCUCUUCCAUCUAUCAGAAGGGAGUUAAUCGAAGUCUUGGAUAUCCUCCUGAAAUGGUUUGUGUUGAGGUUCUGUGAGAACAAUACAUCAUGCUUAUUAAAGGUGCUGGAAUUUCUUCCCGAACUUCUGGACAUGUUGAGGAAUGAGGGAUACACUAUGACUGAGGCGGAGGCUUCAAUAUUUAUUCCUUGCUUGGUUGAAAAGUCUGGGCAUAACAUUGAAAAACUUAGAGAAAAGAUGCGGGAACUAAUGAAGCAAAUUAUCCACACAUAUUCUGCUGCAAGAACUUUUCCUUACGUUUUGGAGGGCCUACGUUCGAGAAGCAACAGAACAAGGAUAGAAUGUGCUGAACUUGUUGGGUUCCUACUGGAUAACUAUAUAGCUGAGAUAAGUGGGCAAUUAAAAUCCUUGCAAUUUGUUGCAAGCUUAACUGCUGAACGGGAUGGAGAUACUAGGAAAGCUGCUUUAAAUGCUUUGGCUACAGGAUAUAAGAUUCUAGGUGAUGACAUCUGGAGAUAUGUUGGGAAGGUGACUGAGGCUCAAAGAAGUAUGCUGGAUGAUAGAUUUAAGUGGAAGGCUCGAGAGAUGGAGAAGAGGAAGGAAGGCAGGCCAGGGGAGGCUAGAGCUGCCUUGAGGCGUUCAGUGAGGGAUAAUGUAACUGAUCCUGCUGAGCAAAGUGGGGAGGUUUCACGCCUGGUGACUGGCCCUAUCUUCAAUAGAGAGAAUUAUGGUCAUGUUGAAGUUCACACUGAUAGAGUUCCACUGCCUCAAGCUUAUUCUAGUAUGGGGCCCACAGACUGGAAUGAAGCUUUGGAUAUUAUUGCAUUUGGUUCACCUGAGCAGUCUGUCGAGGGAAUGAAAGUUGUUUGUCAUGAAUUGAAUCAAGCAACUGAGUCAGAAGGGAGUGCAUUGGAUGAUAUAGUGAAAGAUGCUGAUAGACUUGUCUCAUGCUUGGCAAAUAAGGUGGCAAAAACUUUUGACUUCAGUCUAACAGGUGCCUCUUCAAGGUCAUGUAAAUAUGUCCUGAAUACUCUGAUGCAGAUUUUCCAGAACAAGAGACUAGCUCAUGCAGUUAAGGAAAGUACACUUGAUAGCCUUAUUACAGAAUUGUUACUUUGGCUUUUGGAUGAAAGGGUUCCCCAAAUGGAUGAUGGCAGUCAACUAUUAAGAGCUCUGAAUGUUCUGAUGUUGAAGAUACUGGAUAAUGCCGACCGAACUUCAUCAUUUGUUGUUCUUAUAAAUCUUCUGAGACCUCUGGAUCCAUCAAGAUGGCCGGCUCCAGCAAUAAAUGAGUCUCAAGCUACUAGAAAUCAGAAAUUUUCUGAUUUGGUAGUUAAAUGUUUAAUUAAGCUCACUAAGGUUUUGCAAAGUACAAUAUAUGAUAUAGACCUGGAUCGCAUCCUUCAAAGUAUUCACAUAUAUCUACAAGAGUUAGGAAUGGAUGAAAUACGAAGGAGAGCUGGAGCUGAUGACAAGCCACUACGCAUGGUUAAAACCGUUUUGCAUGAACUUGUUAAACUUCGUGGAACUGCAAUCAAGGGCCAUCUUUCUAUGGUCCCAAUCGACAUGCAACCCCAGCCUAUUAUUCUAGCGUACAUUGAUCUUAAUCUUCAGACAUUGGCAGCUGCCAGAAUGUUAACUCCAACUGGACCUGUUGGGCAAACUCACUGGAGCGAUUCUACUGCAAACAAUUCAGCUCCUGCAACACACUCAGCCGAUGCCCAAUUGAAGCAAGAACUGGCUGCAAUAUUUAAGAAAAUUGGUGAUAAGCAAACUUGCUCAAUUGGUCUGUAUGAACUGUACCGCAUCACACAAUUAUAUCCUCAGGUCGACAUUUUUGCACAGCUACAAAAUGCCAGUGAUGCAUUUAGAACAUAUAUUAGAGAUGGUUUGGCUCAGAUGGAAAGAAAUGCAGCUGCAGGAAAGACACCUACAAGUGUUCCCCUAUCCACCCCUCCGCCAGUGGCGCUCAACCUUUCUCCGAGACAAGGCCCUCUAUCCCCUGUAAAUACCAAUCAAUUGAAUGACUCGAGAAAUCCAUCAGCAAGAGCCGAACCAACAAGUUUUAGUUUGCCACCAUCAUAUAGUGAUGAUGACAAGCAUGGUAAUGCCAUUGCCCCAAGACUUACCAGUUACGAGCAAACAGCGCUACAACAGAGCUUGGAAGAUUCAAGAAACGACAGAUUACCUUCUGGCGUCACAAAUGGGGCAUUAGACGCCAUUAGGGAAAGAAUGAAGAGCAUCCAAUUAGCAGCAGCCACAGUGGGCACAGACAACCGAAACCGGCCAUUGGUACAAGUAAAUGGCAAUGUUAUCAACAACCCUCCAGUUUCUGAAGGGCAAGGUACCACCAGUAGUAACAACACUGUGCAGAGUGGUAUCCUUCCUAUGGAUGAGAAAGCUCUAUCCGGCCUCCAAGCUCGCAUGGAGCGACUCAAAAGUGGAUCAUUCGAUUCCCUUUAAACCGCUGGUUUUUUCCGAAACAAAAUAUCAUCUAGCCCUACAAAUGAUGCCUGCCAUUGUUGUAAAUGCCAGUAGAGGAAGUAUUGUCUGUCUACUCAGGUUUAAGGCUGAAGAUCCAGAAAGAGUUUAUUCCAUUGUAAUUUUGUUUUACUGAGUGGCAGAAGGUGUGUGGUUAUACUACUGUCAGUAUUAGUUAUAGGAAGGAAGCAGCUCAUAGCCACUGCUAUGGUCUAUGAAUCGAUUAGUCACCCCCAUCCUCUACAAGUUAGUUAUUCUCUCUCAUUCUGUUGCUGCAGAAUUACAUCGUUUUUUUGGCUUCUGUGUGUCUUAUAUGUUUUGAGUGAUUGCAAUUCCAAAUACAAAUUUCAGUAGUGAGCUUUUGGCUUAAUAUAAGGUGAUUGAUGUA